UGGGUACCUAGUUGGUUCCAACAGACAGAGAUGAGUUGUUCCCAAUCAGUCAAACAGGUCCUAUUACAUAGUAGGAGAUCCAAUACACGCAAUACUUACCUGCAUAAAUAGUGGCGAUUCUGUUCAUGGUGUUCUACUGCAAAACUGGACCCCUCCUUCGUCCCUAUUCACUGCGUUUUGGACUAUCUCCUAGAUCUCAAACGCUCUGGCCUUGAUUGUUCAUCCCUUAAAGUUCACAUUGCGGCAAUCACUGCCUUUCGGCACUCUGUGGACGGCUAGUCUGUGUUUUCCCACCCAAUGACGAAGAGAUUUAUGAAAGAGUUGGCUAAUCUCUUCCCAUGCCACAGGCACCCCUCAGAUCCAUGGAAACUGGAGCUAGUUUUGGAUGCCUUAAUGGGGUCCCCUUUUGAGCCCUUGGCAACUUGUGACUUAUCCACUGUAACCAUGAAGGUGUUUUUUCUGUUGGCAAUAACCUCAGUGCAGAGGGUUGGGGAAUUAUCCACCCUCUUGGUGACACCACCUUACAGUGUUUACCCCCCAGGCAGUAAUACUUCACCCUCAACCAGCCUUUCUACCAAAAAUGAAUUCGGAGUUCCACAUAAAUGAACCAAUAGUUCUCCCCACAUGCUACCCUAAGCCACGUUCCUCGACACAAUAUGCACAGCUCCACACCUUCGAUGUCCAUAGAGUGUUGGCUUUCUACAUUGACAGGACACGGUGCUUUCGGAAAUCUCAGAGCCUUUUCUUGUCCAUCGUAGAAUGUUCCAAAGGCCAUCCUUUGUUGGUACAGCGCAUAUCCAGACUCAUCGUUACGUGGAUCAUGCAAUGUUACUCACUGCAGAACAAACCUCUCCCACAUACUUUGAGACCCCAUUCAAUGAGAGCGAUGGCAAAGUCAACUGCCUUCCUCAAGGGAGUUCCCCUACGAGAUAUUUGCUGUGCAGCUACUUGGUCUUCCGGCUUUACAUUUGCUAAACACUAUGCUAUCCCUAACAUCCUUAUGACUGACUCAGCAGUUGCCUCUGCUGUCCUCUCCACGGCAGUAGGGUGUUAACUCCGAAUUCUGCCUCCUUGAAGUAGGCUACUGCUAUGAACUCAUCUACAGUGGAGCACCCACGGGACACUGCUCGAAGAAGAAGAAGAAGAAGUUACUCACCUUGUGCAGUAAUGAUUAUUCUUUGAGAUGCAUGUCCCGUGGGUGCUUGACGACCCGCCCUCUUCGGGGUACCUUGCUUAUUAUGUCUUUCAGACUCUAGAGGAUCAGGAGAAAUUGGUGGGAUCCAGACUGCACACUCAGAAACGAUGCGAAAGGCACGAGACGCACGUCGCGCAUGCGCGGUCCGGCCAACUACAGCUGAAAAAGAUCUCCGAUCUGCAGCGCCGGGACAAGCCCGACACCUACAGUGAAGCACCCACGGGACAUGCAUCUCGAAGAACCAUCGUUAAUUGCACAAGGCGAAGGACAGCGAUGAUGAUGAUGAAGUCACAGUUAGUGUGGACCGGGAUCGCUUCAUGGAUGAGUUCUUUGAGCAGGUGGAAGAAAUUCGAGGGUUCAUUGAUAAAAUUUCUGAGAACGUGGAGGAGGUGAAGAGGAAGCACAGCGCUAUUCUUGCGGCCCCCAACCCAGAUGAGAAAACCAAGGAGGAGCUUGAAGAGUUAAUGUCUGACAUCAAAAAGACAGCGAACAAAGUGCGCUCCAAAUUAAAGAGUAUUGAACAGAGUAUUGAGCAAGAGGAGGGACUGAACAGAUCCUCUGCUGACCUGAGGAUCAGGAAAACGCAGCACUCCACGCUGUCGCGCAAGUUCGUGGAGGUGAUGUCCGAGUACAACGCCACCCAGUCUGACUACCGGGAGCGCUGCAAAGGGAGGAUUCAAAGGCAGCUGGAAAUCACUGGCAGGACCACGACCAGUGAGGAGCUGGAGGACAUGCUGGAGAGCGGGAAUCCGGCCAUCUUCUCCUCGGGGAUCAUCAUGGACUCCAGCAUCACGAAGCAGGCGCUGAACGAGAUUGAGACGCGGCACAGCGAGAUCAUCAAGCUGGAGAACAGCAUCCGGGAGCUGCACGACAUGUUCAUGGACAUGGCCAUGCUGGUGGAGAGCCAGCUCUGGGCCCAGCUGGGACCCGGGAGCACUGGGGGAAGUGCCCACUGCGAACCCCGAGCCUUCCUUGGGUGUCAGGCCACGUGCAGCUGCCUCAGCCUGUCACCCCGGAGCGCCAGGCCUGGGCUGCCAGGGGAGACCUGGCCUGCUCUUUCCUGACCCUCUUCUUACCUGACAUGCUGCCGCCGAGCACUUGGAUGAGCGUGACUCAGCCAGCAGGUACCGUGCACGGCCCAGUGCGGGCCAGCCCGCUGCAUGCGCUUGUCUGCAUGGCCCGUGCCCCCGCAUGUGUGUGCUCCCUCCCCAGGCCAGGGCAGGGCCCCGGACACCCAGGACAGGCUGUGGCACAUGGGGACGCCAAGCAGUGCAGUGCGUGUGCCGGCGGGCUGCAGAGGGGCUGGGUAGCCAGGCAGCUGCAGGAGCACAAAGUCCAGACCUGCAGCGGUGCAGGACACUGGCCCCUUGGCACCCUGCUCUGCUGAAGCAGCAGGCCAUGGCCCAGCGCCCGGGCGCCUGGGGACACUGCAGCGAUUGCCUGCCUGGCUGAGUGGGGCAAAUGGGUCCAGCUGGCCCCCAGGGGGCCCCUGACUGGGGCAGCUCUGUGGAGGGCUAGGCCCCUCGCUGGGCACUGGCAGGCGGAGCCACCCCCUGGUCCCAGGGAGCACCCGGGGCCAGUCCUAAG